UCUUGUUGCCCAGGCUGGAGUGCAAUGGUGCAAUCUCAGCUCACCGCAACCUCCGCCUCCCGGGUUCAAGUGAUUCUUCUGCCUUAGCCUCCUGAGUAGCUGGGAUUAUAGGUGCCCGCCACCACACCCAGCUAAUUUUUUUUUUUUUUUGUAUUUUUAGUAGAGACAGGGUUUCACCAUGUUGGCCAGGCUAGUCUUGAAUUCCUGACCUAAAAUGAUCCGCCUGCCUGGGCCUUCCAAAGUGCUAGGAUUAUAUGCGUGAACCACCGCGCCUGACCUUGGAAUCAGUUUUUCAAUCUGUGCUCGAGGUGUUGUGUUCUUAACUAUCUUCUACUCCUUUGCUAAGAUAAUCUUUCUUAAACAUAGAUUUUCUAAUCAGUUCUCUAGCAUUGUUUCAUUCUAUCUUUGGCAUGUUUUCACUUUGCUGUGCUGUACUUUUACACAUUCUUUUUAACUAUAGCUUCCUGCUUUGCUCUGGAUCAGGAAGCUAUUGAAGCUGACACCCACAGAGUUAAACUCAGUUGCUGAAGCCACCGGCUCCCCCUCCCAGUCCUCCUUUUCAGAGUAGGCUGGCAGCUGUCCUAACUGCCUACUAAAGCCAAAUGCUUGAGGAGAGAGAGAGAGUAAGGAGCCAGCCAUGAAUCCUUUCCAGAAAAAUGAGUCCAAGGAAACUCUUUUUUCACCUGUCUCCAUUGAAGAGGUACCACCUCGACCGCCUAGCCCUCCAAAGAAGCCAUCUCCGACAAUCUGUGGCUCCAACUAUCCACUGAGCAUUGCCUUCAUUGUGGUGAAUGAAUUCUGCGAGCGCUUUUCCUAUUAUGGAAUGAAAGCUGUGCUGAUCCUGUAUUUCCUGUAUUUCCUGCACUGGAAUGAAGAUACCUCCACAUCUAUAUACCAUGCCUUCAGCAGCCUCUGUUAUUUUACUCCCAUCCUGGGAGCAGCCAUUGCUGACUCGUGGUUGGGAAAAUUCAAGACAAUUAUCUAUCUCUCCUUGGUGUAUGUGCUUGGCCAUGUGAUCAAGUCCUUGGGUGCCUUACCAAUACUAGGAGGACAAGUGGUACACACAGUCCUAUCAUUGAUCGGCCUGAGUCUAAUAGCUUUGGGGACAGGAGGCAUCAAACCCUGUGUGGCAGCUUUUGGUGGAGACCAGUUUGAAGAAAAACAUGCAGAGGAACGGACCAGAUACUUCUCAGUCUUCUACCUGUCCAUCAAUGCAGGGAGCUUGAUUUCUACAUUUAUCACACCCAUGCUGAGAGGAGAUGUGCAGUGUUUUGGAGAAGACUGCUAUGCAUUAGCUUUUGGAGUUCCAGGACUGCUCAUGGUAAUUGCACUUGUUGUGUUUGCAAUGGGAAGCAAAAUAUACAAUAAACCACCCCCUGAAGGAAACAUAGUGGCUCAAGUUUUCAAAUGUAUCUGGUUUGCUAUUUCCAAUCGUUUCAAGAACCGUUCUGGAGACAUUUCAAAGCGACAGCACUGGCUAGACUGGGCAGCUGAGAAAUAUCCAAAGCAGCUCAUUAUGGAUGUAAAGGCACUGACCAGGGUACUAUUCCUUUAUAUCCCAUUGCCCAUGUUCUGGGCUCUUUUGGAUCAGCAGGGUUCACGAUGGACUUUGCAAGCCAUCAGGAUGAAUGGGAAUUUGGGGUUUUUUGUGCUUCAGCCGGACCAGAUGCAGGUUCUAAAUCCCCUUCUGGUUCUUAUCUUCAUCCCGUUGUUUGACUUUGUCAUUUAUCGUCUGGUCUCCAAGUGUGGAAUUAACUUCUCAUCACUUAGGAAAAUGGCUGUUGGUAUGAUCCUAGUGUGCCUGGCAUUUGCAGUUGCAGCAGCUGUAGAGAUAAAAAUAAAUGAAAUGGCCCCAGCCCAGUCAGGUCCCCAGGAGGUUUUCCUACAAGUCUUGAAUCUGGCAGAUGAUGAGGUGAAGGUGACAGUGGUGGGAAAUGAAAACAAUUCUCUGUUAAUAGAGUCCAUCAAAUCCUUUCAGAAAACACCACACUAUUCCAAACUGCACCUGAAAACAAAAAGCCAGGAUUUUCACUUCCACCUGAAAUAUCACAAUUUGUCUCUCUACACUGAGCAUUCUGUGCAGGAAAAGAACUGGUACAGUCUUGUCAUUCGUGAAGAUGGGAACAGUAUCUCCAGCAUGAUGGUAAAGGAUACAGAAAGCAAAACAACCAAUGGGAUGACAACCGUGAGGUUUGUUAACACUUUGCAUAAAGAUGUCAACAUCUCCCUGAGUACAGAUACCUCUCUCAAUGUUGGUGAAGACUAUGGUGUGUCUGCUUAUAGAACUGUGCAAAGAGGAGAAUACCCCUCAGUACACUGUAGAACAGAAGAUAAGAACUUUUCUCUGAAUUUGGGUCUUCUAGACUUUGGUGCAGCAUAUCUGUUUGUUAUUACUAAUAACACCAAUCAGGGUCUUCAGGCCUGGAAGAUUGAAGACAUUCCAGCCAACAAAAUGUCCAUUGCAUGGCAGCUACCACAAUAUGCCCUGGUUACAGCUGGGGAGGUCAUGUUCUCUGUCACAGGUCUUGAGUUUUCUUAUUCUCAGGCUCCCUCUAGCAUGAAAUCUGUACUCCAGGCAGCUUGGCUAUUGACAAUUGCAGUUGGGAAUAUCAUCGUGCUUGUUGUGGCACAGUUCAGUGGCCUGGUACAGUGGGCCGAAUUCAUUUUGUUUUCCUGCCUCCUGCUGGUGAUCUGCCUGAUCUUCUCCAUCAUGGGCUACUACUAUGUUCCUGUAAAGACAGAGGAUAUGCGGGGUCCAGCAGAUAAGCAGAUUCCUCACAUCCAAGGGAACAUGAUCAACCUAGAGACCAAGAAGACAAAACUCUGAUGACUCCCUAGAUUCUGUCCUGACCCCAAUUCCUGGCCCUGUCUUCAAGCAUUUUUUUCUUCUACUGGAUUAGACAAGAGAGAUAGCAGCAUAUCAGAGCUGAUCUCCUCCACCUUUCUCCAAUGACAGAAGUUCCAGGACUGGUUUUCCAGUACAUCUUUAAACAAGGCCCCAGAGACUCUAUGUCUGCCUGUCCAUCAGUGAACUCAUUAAAACUUGUGCAGUGUUGCUGGAGCUGGCCUGGUGUCUCCAAAUGGCCAUGAAAAUACACACGUAUAAUGGAGAUCAUUCUCUGUGGGUAUGCAAAGUUAUGGGAAUUCCUUUAUAGGUAACUGCCAUUUAGGACUGAUGGCCCUAAUUUUUGAGGUGCUGAUUUAGAGGCAAAAUUGCAGAAUAACAAAGAAAUGGUAUUUCAAGUUUUUUUAAUAAGCAAUGUAAUUAUGCUAUUCACAGGGGCCUCAAGAAUUGGUAUGUAUGAUGUGAUCUGGUCCAGCCAGGGCCUGGUUUGUCCGCUAUCUAGGUUUGAUAUGACUUUAGUAAAUUUGUCAAUAUAGAUGGUAGGAAGCAGAAUGCCAUUUUAUUAAAACACAGGAGAAGUUAUAUCUUUCUAAUUAUGAUAGUAUUUUAUUUACUUAUCCAAAUACUCCUUUCUCAGUAUGGAUAGAUAAUGGAAACCAGAUUAGAGAUAGUAAACAUUAGUAAACAUGGUUCUGGAGAACAGGAACAGGUGUAAGUUGUAGAAAUCCUGAAGAGCCAGUCAUUCUUUUACAGACUACAUUCUUCUUAGCCUCUAUGGCGCUGGUCUAUGCCCUUCAGUGAACAGUUGUAUAAACAAUAAUUAUAAUUUGCAACCUUGUCUUGUCAACCUUGCUGACCCAGCUUUUUAUUAUUACACCUUGUCUUGCUUAUUGCAGCAAAUAUUCAAUAACAACAAUGUUUCUAUAAGUCCAACUUCCUUUAUUAAUGUUUCCAUUUAGCCUCAAAAAUAUCAAAGUAGUAGUUCCUUUUUAAUAUUGUUUUCCUGAUUUACUUUUCCCAUAAGUUUUAAAUACCAUUUCUGCCUUGAAGCCUAGAAAUUUUCUUUUUAUUAAAAAAAAAGUUACAUUAAUGCUCUAGGUUUGAGGUUCUAAAAUGGAAAUGUCAAUAGAGGAGCAUGGUCCUAUGUGAGGUUCCUAUCAAAAUUUGUGGGAGUAGGGAUGGUAGAGCAUGAGGGUUUUAUUUGUGUAUGUGUAUGGUCAUGAAAAAAAAUUGAGAAACAUUACCUCACACACAAUGAAUGAAUCAGAGGACAGACACGGGAAUGACAUGACUGUGCAGUGUGUUACUAGGAAAAAAGUUCAGAAUCACUGUUCUAGAGAGCUUCAUUUCCAUUGGUUUUAAAACAUUAUUCUCAUGUAGAAUAGUGUUGGGUCUCAUACUGUUAAUGUUAAUAGGUAACAAUGUUCAUGUUAACAAGCACCUGUUAAUAUUAACAGAUAAUGUUACCGUUAACAGAUAAGAGAAAUUGCUCUAAGUGCCCAAACUUUAUAUACUUCAGUUUUAAUGACAAGCAUUUCAGAAGUAUAAGAGCAGCAGCCAGACCAACCAGUUUUUCCAGAUAUCUUGAUGUGAACCUGACCCUACUUGUUUAGAAGACAGCCUGUUCAUUUUUAAAUAGCUUUAACCCAAACUGUUCUAUGACCAUUGUUUCAAGAGACAUUAACACAGUUCUGUAAAUAGAAGUGUCUAUGGACAAAUAAGUUUGGGAAAUGUGGCAUACUGUAUCCUUUUCUUAACAUUUGCAUAUUAAAGACUCUGAGAUAUCCUGCAGUAAAGACACAAGAUACCUUGUUUAAAUUAACAUGUUUAGUAUUCUGCAGAACAUUGGUUUAGAAAAAACUGUUGAGCAGUUCUUCUUUGUAAGUGCUGAGCUUCCUCUCUGAAACCUCCUACCAUUGUUUUUUUUUUCCCCCUGUAGCUAACAAGAAUAAGUAUAACAGCUGGCCAGGCACAGUGGCUCACGCCUGUAAUCCCAGCACUUUGGGAGGCUGAGACAGGUGGAUCACCUGAGGUCAGGAGUUUGAGACAAGCCUGGCCAACAUGGUGAAACUGUGUCUCUACUAAAAAUACAAAAAUUAGCCAGGUGUGAUGGCAGGUGCCUGUAAUCCUAGCUACUCAGGAGGCUGAAGCAGAAGAAUUGCUUGAACCUGGGAGGCGGAGGUUGCAAUGAGCCGAGAUUGCGCCAUCACACUCUAGCCUGGGGGACAAGAGUGAGACUUCAUCUCAAAAAAAAAAAAAAAAAAAAAAAAAGAAUAUGUAUACCCCCUUUUUCAUGUGUCAGAUGUUUAGCUAUUUGGGGAGAACUUUCAUGGCUCUUCCCUAAUCAUCAAGUAUUCAAGGUAAAGAUUCUCGGUUCCUGUAAUUGUUCCUCACCAGGCAUAAUUUGUCCUUUUACCAUCCUACUUUCUCUCUUCUGAAAAACAUUCUUUAUCUGAAAUACAGCAAUUAAUAUUAAGAUAUCUUAAUAUGAAAUACCUGGAGUCAAAUAUAACAUUCCAAAGUAGUCUGACUGGAAGAACUAGCACCUGCCUUUCUUCAAACAAUGCACUUCUGUUAAUGCAGUGUAAGGUAACAUGAGUUGUUUUUGGAAACUACAUCAUAAUGUGGGCUUACAUUCUAGCACUUAUCACCUAAUGACAGGGAUACAUUUGAGGAAUGCAUUGUUAGGCAAUUUUGUCAUUAUGCAAACAUCAUAGAGUGUACGUACACAAACCUAUGGUACAGCCUACUACACAUCUAAGCUAUAUGGUGUAGACUGUUUCACCUAGGCUACAAACCUGCACAGCAUGUUACUGUAUUAAAUGCUGUAGGCAAUUGUAACACAAUGGUAUUUUUAUACUUAAACAUAU